CUCACUCUGGCGCGGACGUGUGGCGGUGUGUCUCUCAUAUUACCUGUGCGUCGGGGAAGCUCUCUUAACUCUGUGCCGCGGCCCCGUAUUUUUAAAAAGUCUUCGACGCGCUCUGAUCCUCGGGUUUUUCCCCCCCUCCCCUCCCCUCUCUCUCUUUCCCCCCCCACACGCCCCAAACUCUCCACUGAACCUCGACGCUUGAGGUCUGACUCUCGAGUGCUUCCCCCCCUACCCCUCCAAGCCUGACUUCUGAGGGAGUCGGCGUGCUGUGUGUCUCUCCCUCCCGCCCUCCGCCCCUCAUCUCCUCGCUGCCUCCUGACGGCGAGGGCGACGGCGAGGACUCCCCCGCUGCAUCAUAUUACUGAGUGACGGUGCUGAAUAAUAUUCCGCACAAGAUUUUCAUGUAAAAUAAAGAAUUUCGACCCUGAGAAUCCACACGACAACAACAGUAAAUUCGCGGCGCCAAUUCCACAGGUGUCCGAAAGGUGCUGACUAAUAUCUGGCGGUGAUCUUCAUGUGGCGACAAUGAGAUCGCUAUUGAGUCUAACGCUCUUCCUCGCCGCAGCCUACGGCUGUGGGGAGGUGAGCCCCAGAGCCGAGGUGGUCUGCUACUUCAAGGGUGACCUAACGGCAAACGAUGUUGACCCUUGCAAAUGCACUCUCCUCGUGGCCUCCGAUGUCAAGCUCGAUCAAGACCUGAAACUCACUUCCGACAUCGACUUCACCAAACUGCAGUCGCUGAAGAAGAGGAACCCGAAACUCAAGCUGGUGGCUUCCAUCGGCGCCGAAAACGUGAAGACUGAAACGUUCUCUCUGGUGACGUCAUCGGUGGAGAGCGUGGCCAAUUUCACGGAGGGCGUGGUUGCCUUCGUCACCGCCCAUGGGUUGGAUGGCCUCGAGGUAGACUGGAGGUGGCCGGGACAAAAUGGCGGCAGCAAGGACAAGGAUGACGUCACCACGCUUAUGAAGGUCGUUCGCCUCGCUCUGGACCAGAAAGUGCACAGCGUAAGCCGAAGGACGGCGACUGAAGCUCCUGCCGAAGACACAACGGAAGCCGAGGACGCAACGGAGGCAUCACAGGACGUAACCGAAGCCGAGAACGCUACAGAAGCCGCUACCGACGCCCCAUCAACGACCAUCGCACCCGAACAGGAGGAUGAGAGCCUCGGGUCAGACUACCUGGUCCUCGAAUCAGGUUCCGAAUACGAGGUGACCCUCCGGCCCGAGAUUGAGGUAAGACUCGAAGACACAGGACACACGAUCAAGGAGAAGAAAGAGGACAGUCAUGGAAAAAAACAAGCAAAGACACCAACUCGACCUUACCGUGGAAGCGUUAAGUUCAGCGAUUACUUCAAGGUCUCCGGCGUCCUCACCACCACGGAGACGCCCUCACCGACCCCCUCCUCCGGAUGGAAGAUCGCGAAGUCUUCUCAGGCAUCCGAGAGGAAGGCGAAGCAAGAAGUGGAGAAGAAGGAGAGAGGAGCCAUCCUUAUGAUGACCCUGUCUCCCCAUCCUGAGUACCUUGUCAAGGGAUAUGACCUGAAAGCCCUCACUAAGAUUGUGGACUUCUUCAGCCUUCCCACCCACAACCUGACAGAGGAUCGUCCUGAUGCAGUCACUGAAACCUUCCACCACAGCCGUCUCAUGGGCGUUUCCGAUCUCGAAAAUGCGGAUUCCCUCGUGGACUUGGUGGUGUCCCUCGGAGUGCCACUUGACCACCUGAUUCUCGGACUGCCAGCCACCGCCGCUGUGUUUACCCUGAAGGACGAAGACCUCAACACUCCCCGUUCCCCGGCCACUGGAACCCCCAGCUUCAUUCCUUACAGAGAGGCAUGUAUAAUGAUGGAAACCGGAAACUGGACGGUGGAACGCGACGAGGAUUUGACCGGACCGUAUGCCUUCCUGAACACAACGUGGCUGGCCUUCGACGACCCUAUAAGCGCCAUGAUCAAGAGCAAGUAUGUAUUGCUUCGAGGACUGGCUGGUGCAGCUCUACAUAAUUUGGAAAACGAAGACUGGGACGACCAAUGCAACCAAGGCAAAUACCCUGUCCUGUCAGCAAUACACGAUACCUUUACACAGCUUGCCCGAACACCUCGACGUGCAGUUCUGCAAAGCCUUGUUGAUGAUUUGGAGACUGAGGAGUCUUCCUUCCGGCCAAUAUCUGUUGCCUCCCCCACCGAUCUUAGAAAUUCACCCUAUAGAAUUGUUCGCAUUGUUGAUCGAACUGGAGCUAUUAAGGCAAUCCGAGCAAGUUCUGAGUCCAGGUUCGAGUGCUCCCGUCAAGGCUUUUAUCGGGACCCUGCUGACUGUUCCCAAUUUUACCGAUGUGUAAAGUUCAACCAAUAUGUGGAUGAUUUCACUGUCUUUGAAUAUUCAUGCCCUUCUGGACUUGUGUUCGAUGAUCGUUGGGAAAUCUGUGCAUGGCCUUCUGCAGCUCCUCCAUGUGACGGUUCCUCAGAAAUUUUCCCUGUUCCUCGUAGAAAGUUUUCUUGCCCUGGAGAAGGAUACUUCACUGAUCCAGAGAAUUGCCGCUGGUUCUUUGCUUGCCGAGAUUACUAUGGGAAUGGAACAUACACUCAGUAUGAAUUUAGGUGUCCAUUUGGACUUGCUUAUGAUGAGGCUAAUGGACUGUGCAACUGGCCAUGGCUUGUGGAAGGUUGUGGACAUACUGGGCCAAUCCCCAAUGGAUAUGGUGGUGUGAGUAGUGGUGCAGUCCCAGUUAGUGUAGCUUCCAUUGCUGGACGUGGAUUCAGCCAAGGCAAGGCAGUAUUUGGAGAUGGGUCUGCUUCUCAGGAUCUGUAUGGUGGAAGCAGUGAAAGUUGUGAAGACUGUGGGUCCACUGAGCUUGCAAUUGGUGGACAAGGAGUCUACAACGCUAACCGAGGCAUUAUUGUUGGUGCAGAUCAGAGCAAUGAACGACUUUCAUAUGGUGCCUUCAAAAACACUGGUGUCCCAACCAUCCCUGGAACUGGCUUUAGUGGACAUAGCAGUGGCAGACAAGGAAACAGUAUUGGCUCUACUGCUUUUGGUUCUUCAUCAAAUAGGAGGCCAAGCAAAACACAAGGAGGAAGGAGAAAGUCCUCUCGCGGUCAGAAUGGCCAGGGAUACAACUACCAAGAGCCUGACAAUGCUUUUAAUCCUGCUGAGGUUUCAGGUGGUUAUGCUGCUCCAAACCCAAGCACCAGAAGACCUUCCUCUUCUUACAAAACCCCUAGUGCAACAACUCGUACACCAACAACCACUUACCGACCUGUCACUUCUGCUCCUGCAACCACACCUUCCUCUGGAUAUGUAUAUCCUGAACCAGCAAAUCCUUUCACCUCAGGAAGUUCCAUCCAAGUCUCAAAGCCUUCACCAGUAACUUCUGCUCCAAUCAGGCCUAGCACAUCCUACUCAAGACCUAGACCCAGUUCUUUCCCUUCAUCUUCAGAAGAAAGUACUGGUGGUUAUGCAUCAUCAUCUGGACACUCAAGACCUCGACCCUCAAGUCCAGCACCAGUAAACCCAUUCUUAGCUGCUUCAUCCCAUGGAUCAACAGAGUCUUCAGAUGAAGAUGGCUCAUAUGGUUAUGAAUAUGGGGCACCAAGUGGAAAUGCAUUUGAUCCAUUCAGUGCAGGGUCAUCAAGUGGUUCCAGGAAAGGAACUCAGGGAAGCACUAGCGGAUCAAGAAAGACAAGUGGCAGUGUAGGCUCUUCCAGUGGAGUAGGACAUUUCACUAUCCCUGGUAGCUCUAGUGGUUCAUCUGGUAGCAGACACAGCUCUGGAAGUGGGGCAUCAGGAGGUUCCAGGGGAUCAGGAAGGCCUGGAUCAUCAAGAGGAUCAAGUGGCGGAUACUCAUACUCAGCUCCUGACUCAUCUGAAGAAGAAUCUGGAAGCCACUUUGGUGGAUCUGGCACUGGAGCCCAUGGUGGUUCUGGUCACUUUGGCGGUUCAUCAUUGGGUACUGGAGGUCGUGGAGGAUCCAGUGGGUCUAGCCACUUUGGUGGUUCCUCUGGAAGCAGUGGACCAAGAGGCUUAACUGGUUCAUCUGGUGGAUAUUCAUACUCUGCACCUGCAAAACCUUUCGUAACUGGCUCCUCAGGAUCUGCUGGCUCAUCAGAAGAAGAUUCUGGAUUCUUUGGAGGUUCUGGAAGCCGUGGCAGUUCCAGUGGUUCAAGCCACUUUGGAGGAUCAGGAUCUGGAAGCCGUGGCAGUUCCAGUGGUUCAAGCCACUUUGGAGGAUCAGGAUCUGGAAGCCGUGGCAGUUCCAGUGGUUCAAGUCACUUUGGAGGAUCAGGAUCUGGAAGCAGUGGCAGUUCCAGUGGUUCAAGCCACUUUGGAGGAUCAGGAUCUGGAAGCCGUGGCAGUUCCAGUGGUUCAAGUCACUUUGGAGGAUCAGGAUCUGGAAGCCGUGGCAGUUCCAGUGGUUCAAGUCACUUUGGAGGAUCAGGAUCUGGAAGCAGUGGCAGUUCCAGUGGUUCAAGCCACUCUGGAGGCAGUUCCAGCAGUUCCAGUGGAUCAUCUGGUGGGUAUUCAUACUCUGCACCUGCAAAACCUUUCGUAACUGGCUCCUCAGGAUCUGCUGGCUCAUCAGAAGAAGAUUCUGGAUUCUUUGGAGGUUCUGGAAGCCGUGGCAGUUCCAGUGGUUCAAGCCACUUUGGAGGAUCAUCAUCAGGACCUGGAAGCCGUGGUAGUUCCAGUGGUUCAAGCCACUUUGGAGGAUCAUCAUCAGGAUCUGGAAGCCGUGGCAGUUCCAGUGGUUCAAGCCACUUUGGAGGAUCAGGAUCUGGAAGCCGUGGCAGUUCCAGUGGUUCAAGCCACUUUGGAGGAUCAGGAUCUGGAAGCCGUGGCAGUUCCAGUGGUUCAAGUCACUUUGGAGGAUCAUCAUCAGGAUCUGGAAGCCGUGGCAGUUCCAGUGGUUCAAGCCACUUUGGAGGAUCAGGAUCUGGAAGCAGUGGCAGUUCCAGUGGUUCAAGUCACUUUGGAGGAUCAGGAUCUGGAAGCAGUGGCAGUUCCAGUGGUUCAAGCCACUUUGGAGGCAGUUCCAGCAGUUCCAGUGGAUCAUCUGGUGGAUAUUCAUACUCUGCACCUGCAAAGCCAUUCAUAACUGGCUCCUCAGCAGGAGCUGCUGGCUCAUCUGAGGAAGAAGGCGGAUCUGGAAGUUCCAGUGGUUCAAGCCACUUUGGAGGAUCAGGAUCUGGAAGCCGUGGCAGUUCCAGUGGUUCAAGUCAAUUUGGAGGAUCAGGAUCUGGAAGCCGUGGCAGUUCCAGUGGUUCAAGCCACUUUGGAGGAUCAGGAUCUGGAAGCCGUGGCAGUUCCAGUGGUUCAAGCCACUUUGGAGGAUCAGGAUCUGGAAGCCGUGGAAGUUCCAGUGGUUCAAGCCACUUUGGAGGAUCAGGAUCUGGAAGCCGUGGCAGUUCCAGUGGUUCAAGCCACUUUGGAGGAUCAGGAUCUGGAAGCCGUGGCAGUUCCAGUGGUUCAAGUCACUUUGGAGGAUCAGGAUCUGGAAGCCGUGGAAGUUCCAGUGGUUCAAGCCACUCUGGAGGCAGUUCCAGCAGUUCCAGUGGAUCAUCUGGUGGGUAUUCAUACUCUGCACCUGCAAAACCUUUCGUAACUGGCUCCUCAGGAUCUGCUGGCUCAUCAGAAGAAGAUUCUGGAUUCUUUGGAGGUUCUGGAAGCCGUGGUAGUUCCAGUGGUUCAAGCCACUUUGGAGGAUCAGGAUCUGGAAGCAGUGGCAGUUCCAGUGGUUUAAGCCACUUUGGAGGAUCAUCAUCAGGAUCUGGAAGCCGUGGCAGUUCCAGUGGUUCAAGCCACUUUGGAGGAUCAGGAUCUGGAAGCCGUGGCAGUUCCAGUGGUUCAAGUCACUUUGGAGGAUCAGGAUCUGGAAGCAGUGGCAGUUCCAGUGGUUCAAGUCACUUUGGAGGAUCAGGAUCUGGAAGCCGUGGAAGUUCCAGUGGUUCAAGUCACUUUGGAGGAUCAGGAUCUGGAAGCCGUGGAAGUUCCAGUGGUUCCAGCCACUCUGGAGGCAGUUCCAGCAGUUCCAGUGGAUCAUCUGGUGGAUAUUCAUACUCUGCACCUGCAAAACCUUUCGUAACUGGCUCCUCAGGAUCUGCUGGCUCAUCAGAAGAAGAUUCUGGAUUCUUUGGAGGUUCUGGAAGCAGUGGCAGUUCCAGUGGUUCAAGUCACUUUGGAGGAUCAGGAUCUGGAAGCCGUGGCAGUUCCAGUGGUUCAAGCCACUUUGGAGGAUCAUCAUCAGGAUCUGGAAGCCGUGGCAGUUCCAGUGGUUCGAGCCACUUUGGAGGAUCAGGAUCUGGAAGCCGUGGCAGUUCCAGUGGUUCAAGCCACUUUGGAGGAUCAGGUUCUGGAAGCAGUGGCAGUUCCAGUGGUUCAAGCCACUUUGGAGGAUCAGGAUCUGGAAGCAGUGGCAGUUCUAGUGGAUCAUCUGGUGGAUAUUCAUAUGCUGCACCCUCUACACCAUUCAUAACUGGCUCUUCAGCAGGAUCUGCUGGCUCAUCUGAGGAAGAAGGCGGAUCUGGAAGCCGUGGAAGUUCCAGUGGUUCAAGCCACUUUGGAGGAUCAGGAUCUGGAAGCAGUGGCAGUUCCAGUGGUUCAAGUCACUUUGGAGGAUCAGGAUCUGGAAGCAGUGGCAGUUCCAGUGGUUCAAGCCACUUUGGAGGAUCAGGAUCUGGAAGCCGUGGAAGUUCCAGUGGUUCAAGUCACUUUGGAGGAUCAGGAUCUGGAAGCAGUGGCAGUUCCAGUGGUUCAAGCCACUUUGGAGGAUCAGGAUCUGGAAGCCGUGGCAGUUCCAGUGGUUCAAGCCACUUUGGAGGAUCAGGAUCUGGAAGCAGUGGCAGUUCCAGUGGUUCAAGUCACUUUGGAGGAUCAGGAUCUGGAAGCAGUGGCAGUUCCAGUGGUUCAAGCCACUUUGGAGGAUCAGGAUCUGGAAGCCGUGGAAGUUCCAGUGGUUCAAGCCACUUUGGAGGAUCAGGAUCUGGAAGCCGUGGCAGUUCCAGUGGUUCAAGCCACUUUGGAGGAUCAGGAUCUGGAAGCCGUGGCAGUUCCAGUGGUUCAAGUCACUUUGGAGGAUCAGGAUCUGGAAGCAGUGGCAGUUCCAGUGGUUCAAGCCACUCUGGAGGCAGUUCCAGCAGUUCCAGUGGAUCAUCUGGUGGGUAUUCAUACUCUGCACCUGCAAAACCUUUCGUAACUGGCUCCUCAGGAUCUGCUGGCUCAUCAGAAGAAGAUUCUGGAUUCUUUGGAGGUUCUGGAAGCCGUGGCAGUUCCAGUGGUUCAAGCCACUUUGGAGGAUCAGGAUCUGGAAGCCGUGGCACUUCUAGUGGUUCAAGUCACUUUGGAGGAUCAGGAUCUGGAAGCCGUGGCAGUUCCAGUGGUUCAAGUCACUUUGGAGGAUCAGGAUCUGGAAGCAGUGGCAGUUCCAGUGGUUCAAGUCACUUUGGAGGAUCAUCAUCAGGAUCUGGAAGCCGUGGCAGUUCUAGUGGUUCAAGUCACUUUGGAGGAUCAGGAUCUGGAAGCCGUGGCAGUUCCAGUGGUUCAAGUCACUUUGGAGGAUCAUCAUCUGGAUCUGGAAGCCGAGGCAGUUCCAGUGGUUCAAGCCACUUUGGAGGAUCAGGAUCUGGAAGCCGUGGUAGUUCCAGUGGUUCUGGACAUUUUGGUUCAUCAUCCAGAGGCUCUAGUUCUGAUGGAUCAUCUGAAGAGGACAGACAUUCUGCUGGUGGAUCUGGCUAUGUAUAUGAAGGUCCUUCCAGUGGUAGCACAUUUGAUCCAUUUAACAGUGGAUCUGGAAGCAGUGGAUCAGUCAGUCACUUUACUGUGUCAGGAUCAGGUUCUGGACAUAAGAACACAGGUGGAAGUGGAUCAUCAAGCCACUUUGGUGGAGCUGGAAGUUUUGGCAGUUCUGGUAGUUCUGGAAGUGGAUCCAGUGGCUCUGGAUUCUUUGGAGGAGCAGGUACUGCAAGUGGACAUGGAAGUGGAUCUGGAUCUGGCCACUUUGGUAUCGGAGGAUCUGGAGGCAGUGGAGGUUCUGGAGGCAGAGGUGGUUCUGGAGGAUCUGGAGGACAUGGAAGUGGUUCUGGAUCUGGUCACUUUGGAGGCAUCGGAGGAUCUGGAGGCCGUGGUGGUUCUGGAGGUUCUGGAGGCAGAGGUGGUUCUGGAGGACAUGGAAGUGGUUCUGGAUCUGGUCACUUUGGAGGCAUCGGAGGCUCAGGAGGCCGCGGUGGUUCUGGAGGUUCUGGAGGAUCUGGAGGAGCAGGUACUGGAGGCGGACAUGGAAGUGGGUCUGGGUACGGCCACUUUGGAGGCAUCGGAGGAUCUGGAGGCCGCGGUGGUUCUGGAGGUUCAGGAGGCAGAGGUGGUUCUGGAGGAGCAGGUACUGGAGGUGGACAUGGAAGUGGUUCUGGAUCUGGCCACUUUGGAGGCAUUGGAGGCUCUGGCGGCCGCGGUGGUUCUGGAGGAUCUGGAGGAGCAGGUACUGGAGGUGGACAUGGAAGUGGUUCUGGAUCUGGUCACUUUGGAGGCAUCGGAGGCUCUGGAGGCCGCGGUGGUUCUGGAGGAUCUGGAAGCCCUGGAUUCUUUGGAGGUGUUGGUGGAACUGGAGACGUUGGAGGUGUGGGUUCUGCCGGUCCUAAUGGUCCUUAUCGCACUGGCUCUGCAGGAGGGUCAGGCUCUCCUAGCAAGUCCCAAGGAUAUUCAGGUGUUGGCUCCAGGAAAUCCAUUGCUGGUGGACCUUCCCUUGUUGCUAAGCUGACUCGCGGCAGGAAAUUCCAGAGAUUCGGGCCAGGAGGACGCCGUGACUUUGAUGACACUCUGGGCCCAGAGGUGUGUGAGCGAGCAGGUUUGUUCCGUCACCCAGACACUUGCGACAAGUUCUAUGAGUGUUACUGGGACAAAUGGAUUGAGCGCUUUACUCUCCAUGUAUUUGACUGUCCCAUCACCAUUGUAUAUGAUUCUGGCAUCACUGCUUGCAAUUGGCCCUUCAACGGCCCCCAGUGCAACGACGAUAAGCACUAGAGUUGUGCAACAUCAGAUUUCGACGUUUUUAUCCAAGAAAUUUUAUAAUCUUUACAUCUAAAAAUCAGUAAAACAACGGCAAUAGCAUUGAGCAUCCACCUUUUAUAAAUGGCCUUAUUCUAAAGCCAUGGUUUCCACAUUUCAUAGUGUGUUGCUGUUGUCAAGGGAAAAAGUGAUUAAUAACCAGUAGAAUUUUACAAUGACCAAAUGGAUGCCAUUAAUCUCAAAGUAUUGUAUAAAUGUCUCUGUAACCUGUUGGUGAAGUAGUCGAACACCGAUAGGCUAUUUAUUCAUGAUAUCUAUUUAUUUCGUAUUUAUUAUCAGAGCUUAUGUGACCAAGUGAUCCAUGGUCCCUUAAGUACUCUUUCACCUUUACUUAGGAGUAGCUGUGCAAACAUUCACGAUUCUGUGCCAAAAGAACAACUUACAGUAAUGAUAGGUAUUCCUUUCCACAUUGCAGUAUAUGAAGUAUAUUCCUGGGUGAGAAAAUAUCACGAAAGAUAAAUUGGUCUAUCAGAUAAUACAAUUCAACUUAACAGGGUGCAUACAUAAACCAGCAUAUAUCCAGGAAUCACUAUGCACAGGCCCCAACGGUGACCUCCUCAUCAAAAAGGAUAAAUUUCUUAUUGAAUCUGUAACUAAAGAAUAAUGAUAGCUGAACAAAUUCCGUAUCAUGAUAUCCAGUAGAAGCACAACCCAGGUUUUUAAUCACUUGUGACGAAGAUGUCCACAGUAGAGCAAGACGAAAAGUGACAGGAUACGUUAUGUCUCAGUUGCUUCAAGUGGAGCACCACCAAUACAUAAAAUCUCAAUUUACAUCUUGUACCUUUCAUAUUAGUCUCUAGAUGUAUGUUACCUGAUAUUCAUCAUUUUAAGCCAAUAUUUGUUUAGCUUCCUGUACGUGAUUUCAAAAGAGAAAGCUGCUUUACCUGCCGAAAUUGUGCUUGCGGUCUCCAGCUCAGGGCCUGGUGCCGCGGAAAAGCUUCUACCCCCCCCCCCUCUCCUCGUGCUCGCCCAGGAAUCUCUGACUCGGAACUGCUUCGUCGUGCUGUUCGAAGCCAGUGUGGUCGUAGGGCGUGAGCUCUCUUCUCGGGGAGGUCUUCCUUGAUUGCACUGGCUUCUUUGUAUUCAGAAUUUUUUUUAUUCGCCUAGUAGAGAUUCCAAUUGCUGCUUGUGUGUUUUCAACAAACCAUGCUGGAUUAUGUUUCUAUAAAGGCACAUCUAUACAUAAUAUGUACUUAUACAUACACCUGUGUAUGCAUUUAUAAAUAUAUAUAU